AUGGACGAUGCAGAUGAUUUGAAUGGAUAUCAAAGAAGACAAGACGACAAGCCGGAAUGCACCCUGAGUAUUUCCGUGGAUUUCCUCUCCGAUGUGUCGACUGCCCGACGCAGGUCUCAAGCAAGUCGUGGGGCAAGAGACAACGAUGAACACUCUGCCACAUCCAACAUCAUUAUCUGCAUAUGCGGGUGCUUUGUCCGACACGUAUACCUCGUUGAUUUCUACGAGUCAUCUGAACCCCGUGCUUGCAAGGCAAGAACGCCAGAGUAUGGCGAGGAUCGCUAUGGUCCAGAUUCCCAACAAGCGGUGAAGGAACGGUGGUCAAGUGAUGCUAUCGUGAACAUCUGUUACAGCUUACCGCCACCGGUUCACCGUCGUGGGAAAUUGCUCCUAACCAUCCUCAAAGCUCAUUUCGCCGUCACUAGUCUGUUCGGCAUUCGGAUAGCGUCCAUCACCGACACGGGGGACUUGCUUGAUGCGUGUUCUCCAGUUAGCCUGGGGUUGUCCCACAAACUUCCAAUCGCUUCCACACAUGUUCCACUCCCCGGUCAAUGGAGCGGUCUCGUGCCCAACGGCGUGCUGACCAUUAAGUAA